CCCUUCAAAUCAUUCCAAUUUCACUCUACUACAAGUACCAAGUCAUAUUUGCUAGAUUCUGAUACAUUUUAUCUAUUAUCUACAUCCAGACACUGCCGAUCAACUGAAUUCCAUCCCUUCAGUAACGAUGGAUCCGGACGUGGGAACCCCCCAAACAACAUUAAGAUAUUUCCUCUUGCACUUCGAGUUGGCUGGAGUUACAAGUGUUUUGAUGAACUCUCCGGACAUUGGUUGCACAGUACUAUUGGCAGGCUCAGAUCAUUGGAAUUUCGAAGCUUUCAAAUCUAGUGAUGUGGUAUUGAUGUGGGUCUUUAUUUAUCGACUCUACCUCUAUUCUGAGAUGAUGGAAUAUCUACUCUGGCUUUAUGUCAAAUUCUUCUUGGGUCAAAGCACUCAAUUCACCAGAGAUGGCUAUAAACCCAUGUAUGCUAAACCUCAGAUUAUACAGAUGGGUGCAGUAAUGUAUGGAUACCAAGUAUUGUUGCCUCAAAGCUUAGUGGCACUGUCGUUCCUGCGAAGAUAAGAAGGAUUGAGAAAAGGGAGGAUAUAUCAAGUAAUUUAGAUAUACAUUGGGUAUCUGAGAAGAUGUUAUAUAGUUA